AUGUCAAUUGCACCAUAUUACAGCUUUUUCGACAGCAUUAACAAUGAGGUGGAGAAUUUCAACAAAUUCUUAGUUGGAGAUGGAUUCAGAUAUUACGAACCUGAAAAGUAUUUGGCCCCUACCGGCGAAGAUCAAAGAUUGUCCACCAAUCUCGAUAAUUGGUUCGACAACGAUUGGUCGCUGAUUGCGCCAAGUUCCGCAUUAGCAAGUAUUACACCAUCCAUGGACAUUGUGGAUCAUGAAAAAAACUAUGAAUUGAAUAUAGUACUCCCAGGUGUAGCAAAGGAAAACAUAAAUUUGGAAUACCACAAGCAGAAUAAUCAAAUUGUGGUAGCGGGCGAAGUGCCAUCUGUGGUCAACGAAGAGAACAAGGAUAAAGUUCGUGUCAAAGAAGUGAGAACUGGUAAUUUCAAACGUGUGAUCACAUUACCUAAGACUUCAGAAAUUGAUGUCGAGAACAUCAAGGCCAGCUAUACCAAUGGAGUCUUGAAAUUGGAUGUUCCUAAACUGGAACCAACAAAACCAGAAAAGGAUACGAAGAGAAUUGAAAUCACUUCGCAAGACACAAAUGAAUCUCAGUGA